UAGAGGGGGCGGCGAGCGGCGAGCGGCGAGCGGCGAGCGGCGAGCGAGGGCUCGGACGUCGUUUUAUUUCCAGGUUGGGAGAGGCCGGAUCGGGCUCUUUUCCCGGAGAAAGACGGGGAAGAAGACGAGGGACGAGGAGGAUGGCGGCCCCGGGCCCCCGCCUGACCCGCGUGCGGGAGGUCCUGAAGGCGUGCUUCCGGGCCGUCGAACGGCAGCAGAACGUGUGGCGGAGCGCGCUGCAGGACUGCCGGCCGCUCCUCGGUUCCCUGGGGAACUUGGCGGAGCAGGUGGAGGCCGCUCAGAACGUGGCCUUCGAGGCCGCCCCGCUGGGAGCCUUCCCAGACCUGAGAGAGCGCUUGAAGCGCAAGCAGCUGACCGCCGGCGACACCAUCCUCGACAAGCUGGAAGAGCGGAUGGCCGUCCUCCUCGGCGUACGAGACGCGGUCAGCGGACACGUGGAGCGAGCGUUUGAGGUGUACGAGCAGCACGCCCGGCCGGCGGACAUCGACGCCAUCUUGCUGCGCUCCGCUGUUAUCCCCUCGAUAGCGGACAUGCUGGAAUGGCUGCAAGAUAUCGAGAGAUCUUAUCGGAACUUGUACUUGGGAAAGAGAGACCUCAUCAACCAGAUCAGUUGGGAUAACCUACCUUUCCUUCAAGCUCUGCCACAGGCUUGGGAGCGGGUUUCAGAGGACGACCACCAAGACCUAGUACACGACACCCUACUGAUGGUGUCCUUCUUCCUGGACUCGUAGUCGAAGGGAUGCUACCGUUCAGGACCCAGAAGGAGGCAGCUGCAGGCCGGGCCUUGAGCUUCCCUCACUGUUCGGUGACGUGAGAAGGGGAAGAUUGGAGGGGUGAACCCCCGAAGCUUCGGGCCCGAGUCUGACCAAGCCCAGUGGGGUGGAAGGCGGUGUGGCCUGGUGGAGAGAGGGGGGCACCCGGAGUCAGCAGACACUUUGCCAUUUGCCUGCCGGGUGACCCUGAGCGCCACCCUUAACUUCUCUGUGCCUCGCCUCAUUUAUAAAAUGGGGAUCAAAUUUCCCAUCCUUCCUCUGUCUUAGACUGGGAGCCUCAUGUGGGACGAGGACUGUGACCGUUCUCAUUCUUUUGCACCUUUUGUAUAGAGCUUAAGCCCGAUACUUGGUAUGUAAUAAAUGCUCAAUAAAUAACAUCGUUAGUUCUCUUAUUAUGACAA